AUGGCUCUACUAUUCAUUAAGAAAAAACUAUUCCCUACCCAAGAAUACCAAAAUAUUACCAGUAAAUCUCUUCUCAGUCAUAGCGACGAUGAAGAGACUAUCCGGGGUGACUCGGAUCGAGACGUCGAAUCUCAGAGCACCCGCUCCUAUGAUACUUUUGGCCGCGAUAUGGGCAUGCCCAAUGUUGAUACCGCAUCUACGUCCUCAUCCAGCGGAGUCAGUACGCGGUCACGUAUUAACCCACGUAUUAUCUCUGAUGCUAUUCUCGGUCUUUCCGAUGGCUUGACUGUUCCAUUCGCCUUGAGUGCCGGAUUAUCCGCACUUGGAAAUACCAAAGUUGUUGUCCUAGGCGGUUUGGCCGAGUUAGCCGCUGGUGCCCUUUCUAUGGGAUUGGGCGGAUACGUCGGUGCUAAGAGUGAAGCUGAAUCAUAUGAAACAACCGUGCGCGAAACACAGGCAUUGAUCGAAAGCAAUCCUGAAGAAACACAAUCCAUGGUCCGUGAAGUCUUCGCGCCGUAUGGACUAUGCAACUCUGCUGUCGACAAUAUCAUCUUCGAUCUACACGCUUCACAAGAGCGAUUGUUGGAAUUCUUACUAGCUUUCCAUCAUUGCGAGUCUGCUCCUGAUGGCAACCAAGCUUAUAUCUCAGCUAUCACAUUAGCACUCGGUUACUUUGUCGGCGGCUUCAUCCCGCUGAUCCCAUACUUCAUUGCCGUACAGGUUCAGAUCGCGCUUUACUGGAGUAUUGGCGUUAUGGCUGUGACUCUUCUUGCUUUCGGCUACGUCAAGACUUGUGUUGUGCGCGGGUGGACUGGACGUGAUAAUAUUCUCGCUGGUGUUUGGGGCGGUAUUCAAAUGUGCCUUGUUGGAGGCAUUGCUGCUGGUGCUGCUAUUGGGUUGGUCCGGUUGAUUGAUACUGGCAGUGCCUAA